GGCGGGUAUACAGAUUCCUAUGUCGAAUAAUAUAAUAAUAAUAACAAUCAAUAAUUAUGAUUAUUUGGAACUAUUAUGGUUCUAUAUUCUUCAAUAUCAUAUUGAUCUUAAUAUUAUUUAUAUCUAAAUCAAAGCAUGAAAAAUGUUAUUGUUAUGUAAAUGGAACUAAUUCACACCAUGAUCAUCAUCAUAAUGGUAAUGAUCAUCAUCAUGAUGAUGAUGAUCAGCAUAAUGUGAAACGAUUAAUUCAUUGUUCUUUAACUCAAUUAUCAUCUAAUUAUUCAGAAGAAUUAUUAUGUCAACGUAUAGAUCAAUUUAUUUGUAUUGGUCCAUAUAUAUCAAAUGAUAGUGAUAUUAAUUUAUGGAUAAAUCCAUGGGCAUUUUCUAAUUUAUUUAAUCAUAAUAAUAAUCUAGUAAAUACAUUACAACUUGAUUUCAAUAUAAAAACACAACAAAUUAAUGCAUUAACAUUAGCUGGUAUGAAUGAUUUAAGGAAUUUAUUAGCUCGUACAAGUUUAACAAAUUGGGAUAGUUGUAGUUUUAUUGGUUUAAUUCAUUUACAUGAAAUUACAUUAAAUUGUAAAUCUAUAUUACCGGAAUAUUUAACAUUUGGUUCAUUUAUUACUGUUAUCAGAUUUGUUGAUUGUAUAGGUGUACCAUUACAAUUUUAUUGUAUUCAAUGUAUACAAGAUACAAAUGUAUAUGUUAUACGUAUACGUCCAGGACCACCACUUAGACAAUAUUUAAUAAAAUUUACACGACUUUCAUCAUCAUCGUCGUCAUCAUCAUCAUCAGUAUCAUCAGUGAAUAACAAGAUAAAUGAAAGAAAUGAGGAUUUAUCACUAAAUCAUCAUUUACCACUUGAUAGUUGUAUUUAUGGUGUAUGCUCAGAUGAAAUGCUUUGUAGGAAUAAUUUACCAUUGAAACAAGCACAAUCUGGAAUAGGUCAACCUGAAAAACCUGUUAUUGAAGUUGUAUCCAAUAAUGACUUAUUGAUUCCAAAUACAACUACAAUAGGAUUAUAUUAUUCUGUGCAAUUAUCUAGUAUACAAUCUGUAUUGAAAACAACACCAUCUAUUAUACAACCAAUUAAUACAACAUCACAUUAUGAUAUUGUGAUACUGACUAAAUAUGGUCAUAGUAAAUCUGAUCAUAGACAAAAGAUUUGGAUUGUUUCAGCAAUUAUCAUACUUAUCAUUUUAUUCAUUAUUACUUUAGGGAUUUUAAUAAUUAUUAAUUAUCAACGUAAAUCAAAGCAUAAGCUUAAAUCUCGGUCAAACAAAUCUGUACACAAUCAUAAUAAUGGUAUUCAUAAUAAAUCAAAUGGUAGAACAGCUCAACAUGAUUCACUUAUUAUUGCAGAAGAUGGGAAUAGAAUUGAAUUGCCUGAUAUUGUAUCAUGUAAAUAAAUCUUAAUAUGUAAGUUUCGUGACUAUGAAGUGAUUUUCUAUCCCUAUUUACACAUACAUAUACAAGAAAAAAAACCCCCAACUAAAUUACCUACUAUAUUUCUUAUAUUCUUCUCAUUUAACUUAGCAACUAAUCAUUUCUAACUUUAUUUUUUAAAAAAAAAGAAAAAAGGCUUGAUUCAUUCUCCUAUAUUGUAUUUGAUGUCUUUCUAAGGGAAUUUCUUUCAUAAUCACUUCAUAACCUCAGAGGUGAAAUGAACUAUCCAUCAUCUAUGCUUCUUAAUAUAUAUAAGGUAUUCCUGAAAGAAAUUCUUAAUCAUUAUCUCAUCCUCAACACAUCUCACCGCAAAAUAUGUGAUAAGCUAACUUGUAAUAUUAGUCAUUAUUAUUAUUAUUAUUAUUAUUAUUAUUAUUUUAUUGUAGUGGUUCGGUCUUCAAACUUUCCCACCAUAUAAUAAUAUUGUCUUCCUUCUAUAGUUUACAUUCUACAUUAUUGUACAUGCGAGAUAUUACUUUUAUUUCAGACAUAAUGCAUUUAUUAAACUUUUUGUGCUUAUUUUAAUCAGGUACCAUGGUGCCUAGUAUUUCGAAAUUUAUUUAUAUUUACAUAUAUAUAUAUCUUUAUAUAUUAUGUAUUUUUGUCCACCCCUUCCCAUCCAUAAAACUGGUCGAUUGUAGAAAAGAAAAUAAUCUUGCAAUAUGUACAUACUUACUUAUCAAUGGUUAACUAAUAUGGUCUUGGUUCAUUUAUACAAAUUGUUUUUAUUUAUUUAUUUAUUUGCAGAAAAUUCUGAUGAUCAGAUAAGCUUAAUUUUAGUAAUGAGUUCAUUCAUAGAAAGAUUGGAACAUUUGGAAGAUCAUAAAUUUCCUAAAGAUAAAUUAUCAAUUUUUUCUUUCUUUCUUUCUUUCUUUCUUUCACAAUUCAAUUAUAAAUAGAAGCAAAUAUGAAAAGGAUUAAUAACAGUUGGGAAGGAUCGCCCAAGAAAGGGUUAGAUGUAGAACGAUGAUGAGCGGCCUAUGCUCCUCCACGAGGAGUAACAGGCGUAAGUAAUUCAUUAGAAAUAAACAUUGAUACCAUAAAUAAAGUUUAUCGAAGAAAUGAACAAGCACAGGUUAUUAGUCAAAUUUAGAGUUUAUAAUUUGUUCAUCGUAUAAUACAUGUGCUAAAUACGGUUUGUAUUUCUGUACUAAUGUGGUAUGGCAACUCAAACUGAAGUAUGUACGUACGAACUAGUUAAGACUAUCGUAACCAAUGGUUGGAG